AGUCGCUCCGUGGAGCCUCCUCCUCUCGCGAGAGGCGCGAGGCGUGGAGUCGACUGCUGGAGAGAAGCCGGGAGCGAACCUAGGCUGCAGUCUUGAUUCCCUUUUGGCCAGCAGUUUUUAGGUCUGUCAGUACUGCACUGCAAGAAUGGCAGAUUUUGGGAUCUCUGCUGGCCAGUUUGUGGCAGUGGUCUGGGAUAAGUCAUCCCCAGUGGAGGCUCUGAAAGGUCUGGUGGAUAAGCUUCAAGCGUUAACCGGCAAUGAGGGCCGCGUGUCUGUGGAAAACAUCAACCAGCUGUUGCAAUUCCCAGGAAGCACCACUCUGCACAGUGCUGAGAUUUUGGCUGAAAUCGCCCGGAUCCUUCGGCCUGGUGGAUGUCUUUUUCUGAAAGAGCCAGUAGAGACAGCUGUAGAUAACAAUAGCAAAGUGAAGACAGCAUCUAAGUUGUGUUCAGCCCUGACUCUUUCUGGUCUUGUGGAAGUGAAAGAGCUGCAGCGGGAGCCCCUAACCCCCGAGGAAGUACAGUCUGUUCGAGAACACCUUGGUCAUGAAAGUGACAACCUGCUGUUUGUUCAGAUCACAGGCAAAAAACCAAACUUUGAAGUGGGUUCUUCUAGGCAGCUUAAGUUUUCCAUCACCAAGAAGUCUUCUCCUUCAGUGAAGCCUGCUGUGGACCCUGCUGCUGCCAAGCUGUGGACACUCUCAGCCAACGAUAUGGAGGACGACAGCAUGGAUCUCAUUGACUCAGAUGAGCUGCUGGAUCCAGAAGAUUUGAAGAAGCCAGAUCCAGCUUCCCUGCGGGCUGCUUCUUGUGGGGAAGGGAAAAAGAGGAAGGCCUGUAAGAACUGCACCUGUGGCCUUGCCGAAGAACUGGAAAAAGAGAAGUCAAGGGAACAGAUGAGCUCCCAACCCAAGUCAGCUUGUGGAAACUGCUACCUGGGCGAUGCCUUCCGCUGUGCCAGCUGCCCCUACCUUGGGAUGCCAGCCUUCAAACCUGGGGAAAAGGUGCUUCUGAGUGAUAGCAAUCUUCAUGAUGCCUAGGAGGUUCCUGACAUGGGACCCAUCUGCUCCUCCAGCCAACUCCUGUUCCUCACAUCCCACCAUGGUGGCUCCUCCCACCUCCUCUGGAUUUGUUCACUCUGAGAUCUGUUUGCAGAGUGGGUGCUUAGCAGACAGAGUGAAGCUGGCUGGGGGGCACAGUGGUGUGUAGUGCUGCUGUGUAUCAAAAGACCAAGGUAUUAUGGGACCUGGUUACUCAGAAUGGGAUGGGUUUCUUCACCUCAUGUUAAGAGAAGGGAGUGUGUCCUGAAGAAGCCCUUCUUCUGAUGUUAAAAUGCUGACCAGAACGCUCUUGAGCCCAGGCAUCGUUGAGCAUUAACACUCUGUGACAGAGCUACAGACCCCUGCCUUGAGUCUCAUCUCAGCAAUGCUGCCACCCUCUUGUCUUUCAGAGUUGUUAGUUUACUCCAUUCUUUGUGACACGAGUCAAGUGGCUCACAACCUCCUCAGGGCACCAGAGGACUCACUCACUGGUUGCUGUGAUGAUAUCCAGUGUCCCUCUGCCCCCUUCCAUCCCCAACCACAUUUGACUGUAGCAUUGCAUCUGUGUCCUGUUGUCAUUUAUGUUAACCUUCAGGUAUUAAACUUGCUGCAUAUCUUGACAUAUCUUGAGAUUCUGCAUGUCUUGUAAAGAGAGGGGAUGUGCAUUUGUGUGUGAUGUUGGAUAGUCAUCCACGCUCAGUUUGGACCAUUGGAGGAACUUAGUGUCACGCACAAAUGGGGCUAUUCCUACGCUUAGAAUAGGGCUUGUCUGCCCACUUUAGAAGAGUCCAGGUUGGUGAGCAUUUAGAGGGAAGCAGGGCAGAACUCUGAACGACAAUACGUCUCUCUGAGCAGAGACCCCUUUGUUCUUGUUACCUACCCAUAUGGACUUGGAAUCAAUCUUGCCAAAUAUUUGGAGAGAUUGUGUGGAUUUAAGAGACCUGGAUUUUUAUAUUUUACCAGUAAAUAAAAGUUUUCAUUGGUA